CCGGGCGUGCCCGGUCCUCCCGCACCGCCGCGGCCGCCCCGAGCCCACUCAGUGCCGCGGCCGCGGGGCUGUCGCUUGGGCGGCCGGUCGGCGGGACUCUAGCUGCGUGUGGCGGGUACCGCUGAGGAGGAGGAGGAGGAGCGGGAGGAAGGGCAGCAUGCCGGGCAGCGACACGGCGCUGGCCGUGGACAGGACCUACUCGGACCCGGAGCGGCACCGGCGCCGCAAGACGCGGGUGGAAAGACAUGACAUGAAUACCUUGAGUUUGCCGCUUAACAUUCGCCGUGGGGGCUCUGACACCAACCUGAACUUUGAUGUACCAGAUGGGGUCCUAGAGUUUCACAAAGUCAAACUCAGUGCAGAUAGCCUGAAACAGAAAAUCCUCAAGGUUACAGAACAAAUCAAAGUUGAACAAACAGCUAGAGAUGGAAACGUGGCUGAGUAUUUGAAACUGGUAAACAGUGCAGACAAGCAACAGGCUGGGCGCAUUAAACAAGUAUUUGAGAAAAAGAACCAGAAAUCUGCCCACUCCAUUGCGCAGCUGCAGAAGAAAUUGGAACAGUAUCACAAAAAGCUCAAGGAUAUUGAACAGAAUGGAUCUUCCAAAACUGCUAAGGAUGCCUCCAAAGAUAACUUGAAGGAUAUUCAGCACGGAAAGUCCCGUAUCUCUGGGCAUGCAACAGAGAGCAGCAAGUCGGGUGUGCCCGGUGUAUCUUUGACACCACCCGUCUUUGUUUUCAGCAAGUCUAGAGAGUUUGCAAACCUGAUCCGAAACAAAUUUGGUAGUGCAGACAACAUUGCUCAUCUCAAAAAUACCUUGGAUGAAUUUCGGCCAGAAACGAGUUCUAGAACAUAUGGAGGCAGUGCCACCAUUGUUGCUAAACCAAAAUAUGUUAGUGAUGAUGAAUGCUCAAGCGGGACCUCUGGGUCAGCAGACAGUAAUGGGAAUGCUUCCUUUGGUCCUGCUGUGGCAGGUACCCUGGACAGCCAAGGAAAGCUUUCCAUGAUUUUGGAGGAACUAAGGGAAAUCAAGGAGACACAGUCCCAACUGGCUGAUGAUAUUGAGAAUUUGAAAACACAGUUUAAAAGAGACUAUGGCUUUAUUUCUCAGAUGUUACAAGAGGAACGAUAUAGAUAUGAAAGAUUGGAAGACCAGUUAAAUGACCUCACUGAUCUUCAUCAACAUGAGACAGCAAACUUGAAACAAGAGCUAGCCAGCAUAGAGGAGAAGGUGGCGUAUCAGGCAUAUGAGCGAUCACGAGAUGUUCAGGAAGCCUUGGAAUCCUGCCAGACCCGGGUUUCAAAGCUGGAGCUUCAUCAGCAAGAACAGCAAGCACAGCAGUCUGAAACGGUUAAUGCCAAAGUGCUCCUGGGGAAAUGUAUAAAUGUUAUCCUGGCCUUCAUGACUGUCAUCUUAGUGUGCGUUUCUACUAUUGCAAAGUUCAUUGCUCCUAUGAUGAAGAGCCGUUUUCAUAUCAUUUGCACUUUUUUCGCAGUGACGCUUCUGGCAAUAUUUUGUAAAAACUGGGAUCAUAUCAUUUGUGCCAUAGAAAGGAUGAUUAUACCAAGAUGAAGCUGCCGGUCUGGCUGCUUUCCUCCUUUUUUUUUUUUCCUUCCUUCCCCUCCCUGUUUUUUAAGUGCUGUAUGUAUACACAUUAUUUUUUGUCAGUUUAAAUGUGCGGACUGGAUGGAGAAGGCUACUAAGAUUCUUGGACUUCAAGCUGUAAAUACAUAAAUGCAUACUUGUUGGCAGUCAGUUGCCUGUUCAAUCAGAUUGUGUCUAACUGGCUAUGUCUGCAAUGAACUGUUCGCUUAUGUCAGUCUUCUGCCUUAAUCCAAUGGGUUUUCCACUUUACAAGCCCAUGCCCACAAAAGAUGGUGUGAUGCUGUGGAAGGGAUCCAAGGAACUGCAAGUGACAGGUGUGCUUUUUACUAGGCUGGAGUGCAAAGAGUGUGAUCAGGAGAGAGUGCACCAUAAUGUGUAUCAGCCCUAAUAAGUUAAUUUUCUCUCUGAAUCCAAUUAGAAUGAUAAGGCAAAUUACACAGUCAUAUGCAUUAACGGUUCUCAAUUCUAAAUUACUGGGUAUUUGUAUAUAGAGUUUCUCAUGUUCUGGACCAGCAAAACUUGAUGCAUCUGCUAGUAACCCUUUGCACAGAGAGUUUACUGUUUGUAAAUUAGAGCAGUGAUGACUGUUGACCACAGUCAGCAGUUGUUCUAUCCAGGCACUGUUCCUCAACACACUUGGGAAAUACACAAAUGUAGCAUUAAGCUUCCAAAGAGGAACUGAUUUGAAUGACAGGAUCUCCAGGCCACUUUGUCAAGGAGGCAAGUAACUGGUGGGUAUGUUGUCACGUAGACCAAAGCACUCACUUGCUUCAAGCCCUGCAACCUUCAAGAGGAAAGGAGUACUCAGGAAGGCAGCAUUUGGGUUAGCCUUUGUUAGCACUGAAUUGUUGGGGUGCUCUAACCAAAUGCAAAGCAGGUGGUGGUGGGACUCUGGCUACAGUGGAUUUCUCUUUCUUGUGUCAGAUUAAGGAAUGUGGAAGAAGCCUGAGGGAACAGGCCCUCAGGGGAGCAGGGAGGUAAACUUCUGUAAAUAUACAAACACUGUGCAGACUCUUUUGAUAAGCAUUCCUGAAUAUAAUGUACUAGCAUACAGUGCUACUACUAGGAGACAGGGUUGGUCUUGUUAUCUUACUGGAAUUUAUUUUGCUUGAUUUAAGAACUGCAAAAAUUUCUCCCUGAAAUCUGCUUGGCUUUCAGCCAUGAUGUAAAACAAGAUCUUUAUUUAAAAAACAAAACAAAAUAAACAAAAAAAAACCCCACAACCAACUGCCAAAACCAAACACACAAACAAACAAAACCAUCACAACCAGAAUCCUUUUCCACUCUGCAGUAAAUAAAAACAAACCAAACCAAAAA